AUGACCAAUCUUAAUGUUAUUGAAGCUGUUCGUUUCUAUAUCAAUCGAAUGAUUGAUGAUUGUGGUCAAAGUAUUAAAGGACUUGUUAUGGAUAAAGAAACAGCAUCGAUUGUGAGUAUGGUCUAUGCUCAAUCGGAAAUACUUCAAAAACAAGUAUUUCUUUUCGAACGUAUUGAUGUUGCCGGGCAAAAAUCAUUGAAAAAUCUAAGUGCCAUUUGCUUUUUAAGACCCACUGAAGAAAAUAUUCAAGCAUUAAUACGUGAAUUACAUGAACCAAAAUAUGGAAAUUAUUUUAUUUAUUUUAGUAAUUUUGUUGAAAUGAAUGAUAUUAAAAGUUUAGCUGAAGCCGAUGAAUAUGAAUGUGUACGAGUUGUACAAGAAUUUUAUGCUGAUUAUCUAGCAAUAAAUCCACAUUUAUAUACACUUAACAUUCCAAUUACUUAUCAAAAAAAUUAUGAAUGGAAUGAUAAUCUUCUUCGUCGAACAGUACAAGGACUUAUUUCAUUAAUACUUUCAAUAAGAAAAAAAAGUGCAAUAAUUCGAUAUCAAAAUUCAUCGAAUAUGGCAAGAACACUUGCUGACAGAUUAUCUAGUAUACUUAAACGUCAAUUUGAUUUUACUUCCUUAAAUAAUAAUGAUACAAAUCAAACAAUAGUUUUAAUACUUGAUCGACGUGAAGAUGCAAUAACACCAUUACUUAAUCAAUGGACAUAUCAAGCAAUGGUUCAUGAAUUAAUUGGAAUAAAAAAUAAUCGUGUUAAUCUUAGUCAAGUACCAGGAAUUACAAAAGAACUUGAAGAAGUUGUAAUGAAUGCUGAAUACGAUGAAUUUUAUUCAACGAAUCUUUAUAGUAAUUUUGGUGAAAUAGCAACGAAUAUAAAAGGUUUAAUGGAACAUUUUCAAGAUAAACAUAAAAGUCAAUCGAAAAUUGAAUCAAUUACUGAUAUGAAGACAUUUGUCGAAAGUUAUCCACAAUUUAAAAAACUUUCUGGUACUGUAUCUAAACAUGUUACAAUUGUUAGUGAAUUAUCACGUCUUGUUGGUCUAUAUCAUUUACUUGAAGUUAGUGAAACUGAACAAAAUCUUGUUUGUCAAAGCGAUCAUAAUGACAUUGUUCAAAAAAUAAAACAUUUAAUAAAAGAUGAGAAAAUUCGUGAUGAAGAUAUUGUUCGACUUCUAUGUUUAUAUGCACUACGUUAUGAAUAUCAUGGUAAUAAUGAAAUUAAUACACUUAGAAAAGAAGCACACAAAUCUCGUCAAUUAUCGGAAAAAUAUAAUCAAUUCAUUGAAGCUAUACUUGACUACGGUGGUAAAAAAUUUCGACAAGCCGAUUUAUUUAAUACACAAUCAUCAAUGGCUAUAACACGACAAUUUAUUCGAGGAAUGAGAGGUGUCGAUAAUGUUUAUGCACAACAUAUACCACUGAUAAAAGAUUUACUUGAACAAUUAUUACGUGGUAAACUCAAGGACACCUUAUAUCCGAGUGUUAUUCCAAAAGAUCAAACACAACAAAGUAAUCGUUAUACAACAAAUCAACAGAAUCAAUUACAGCAACAAGGACAAAUAAUUAAGCCUAAUGAAAUUAUUGUCUAUGUUAUUGGCGGAAUAACAUACGAAGAAUCAUGUCAUAUUCAUAUGAUGAACAAACAGGGUGCUAGAAUUUUACUUGGUGGUUCUUAUAUACACAAUUUUUCAUCAUUUAUUGAUGAAGUACUUACUGGAGCAUCUUCAACAUUAUCUAAUGCAUCAAACGAAUUACUUUCACCAAAACGUCGUUAA